GCUUCCCGAAGAACUCAGUUUAAGUCUCCCCACUUGUAAAGCAAUGCCAUUUCUCCUACCGUGUUCUAACAGCUUGCUCUGGGGGCUGCCGCAGCACACUGAAUUGCAUCACAUCAAUAAUAGGAAUCCAAUGAAGACAUUUUUCCAUUCUGUCUGGUGGGUGCUGUUGGGAAUAACCAUACUUACCUCCCCAGCACAUUGCUUUGUUUUUAAAAUCGGACUGCUUGGACCCUGGAACUGCGAUCCCUUCUUUUCCAAAGCCUUCCCCCACGCUGCUGCCAGGUUGGCAGUGGAACGAAUAAGCAAAGACCCCUCAAUAGAUCUUGGCCAGAGGUUGGAUUACGUGGUCCUGCAAGAAGAGUGUGAGACAUCAAGAGCCUUGGUUAGAUUCAAUGACUUGGGAAAGACUUCCUCAGCUUUCAUAGGCCCUUUGAAUCCUGGCUUCUGUGAGGAGGCUACAUAUUUAGUGGAAAACUGGAAUAAAGCCAUCUUCUCAUGGAUGUGCGUCAACUACAAACUGGAUUCUACCACCCACCACCCUGCAUUUGCCAGAACUCUGCCUUCUCCGACCCGAGUUUUGUUUACAAUAAUGAAAUAUUUUCAGUUGGCUCAUGUUGGCAUCAUCGCUUCCAAUCAGGCAGUGUGGAUGGACACCUCCAACAAGUUAGCGAGCGCACUCAGGAGCCAGGGGCUGCCUGUAGGCAUUGUUACAUCCAUGGGUAAGGGAGAAAAAGGCAUCGAAGACACUUGGAACAAGAUCAAAGAAGUUAGUGGCAUUAAAAUUAUCCUUCUGUGCAUGCAUUCUGUGCUCAUUGGAGGGGAGGAACAGGCUGCCUUACUCAAAAAAGCACAGGAAAUGGGACUAACGGAUGGAAGAUAUGUCUUCAUUCCAUAUGACACUUUACUAUACAGUCUUCCUUACCCAAACAACUCAUUCUAUGUCCUCGACAAUGACAGAAAGCUCCAGGAAGCUUAUGAUGCUGUGCUGACCAUCACACUGGAUUCUGGAAACUGGACAUUUUAUGAUGCAUUCAGGGAAGCUAAAGAAAAUGGUGAAAUAGCCAGUGAGCUAGAAGAUACACAGGUUUCUCCACUCUUUGGAACCAUCUACGAUGCCAUUUACUUCAUGGCCCUGGCAAUGAACAGUGCUCGGAGGAAUGGAGCCUGGGUCUCAGGAGCUAAUAUAACAGAGCACACAAGAAACAUCAGUUUCCACGGGUUUAGUCACUGGGUAGAGACAGACAGCUGUGGGAAGUGGCUGUGCAACUAUGUGGUACUAGACACAGAUGGUCAUGGGAGCCAGCUCUUCCCAACCCAUUUGUUGGACAUGUCUUCAGAGUCUGUAAAACCCCUAGGCCAUAACAUUCACUUUCCAAGUGGAGCCCCACCCAAGGAAGACUGCAGCUGUUGGUUUGAUCCAGAUGUUCUCUGCUCUGGAGGGAUUGAGCCUACAAUCAUGAUGUUGGGUGCAAUGCUUGUAUUUGCCCUGGUGCUGUGUGCUGUGGGCCUGGCUUAUCUCAUCAGGCAUAGCAUCCUGAACAGCCAGCUAUUCAGGGGUCCUAACAAGAUAAUUUUGACACUGGAGGAUCUCAUCUUCAUUAACCCAGAGCUGCAUAAAAAGAGACUAACCUUGGACAGUCUGACUGAUGCAAACAGCGUAGCAGCUGAAACCAGAAGCCAGAAAUCCACAAUCCACUCUGGUUCCUUGAAAAGCACUGCUGCCACCCAUGAAACCUCCAACGUGGCUUUGUAUGAGGGAGACUGGGUAUGGCUGAAAAAAUUUGAGACGGGAGCAGUUCACCACCUGCGGCAAAGCUCUACCAGCAUCCUGAGGAAGAUGAAAGAUCUACGUCAUGAAAAUGUGAAUCUGUUCCUGGGCUUUUUCUCUGACUGUGGCAUCUUUGCCAUAGUGACAGAGUACUGUUCCCGAGGAAGCCUGGAAGACUUGCUGAGAAAUGAAGAUAUGAAACUGGAUUGGAUGUUCAAGUCCUCCCUCCUGAUGGAUCUAAUUAAAGGAAUCAGGUAUCUGCACCACCGAGAUUUUGCCCACGGACGCCUGAAGUCUCGCAACUGUGUUGUGGAUGGACGGUUCGUGCUGAAGAUCACUGACUAUGGUUAUAAUGAGCUCUUGGAAGCCCAGAAAUGCCCUUAUGUUCAGCCACCCCCAGAAGAAUUGCUCUGGACAGCCCCCGAGUUACUGAGGGACCCAGACAUGCGCAGAAAAGGCACAUUCAAAGGAGACAUUUACAGCUUUGCGAUUAUCCUACAAGAAGUUGUUGUUCGUGGCCCACCGUACUGCACUUCAGACCUCUCAGCUGAAGAAAUUAUAAAGAAGGUGAAGAAACCACCUCCCCUGUGCCGCCCAAACAUAGCCCCUGAGAUGGCCCCCCUGGUGUGCAUCCAGGUAAUGAAGCAAUGCUGGGUUGAAGCCCCUGAACGACGUCCCACCUUUGAGGAGGUAUUUCAUAAGUUCAAAACCAUCAACAAAGGCAAAAAGACCAAUAUAAUUGACUCAAUGCUUAGAAUGCUUGAACAGUAUUCAAGCAACUUGGAAGAUUUAAUCAGGGAGAGGACAGAAGAGCUAGAGAUUGAAAAACAGAAGACAGAGAAACUCUUAUCACAAAUGCUUCCUCCAUCAGUAGCAGAAGCCCUCAAGACUGGUGGCACUGUGGAGCCUGAGUAUUUUGACCAAGUCACCAUCUACUUCAGUGACAUCGUGGGUUUCACAACCAUUUCAGCCCUCAGUGAACCCAUUGAAGUAGUUGACCUCCUGAAUGACCUUUACACCCUGUUUGAUGCUGUUAUUGGAAAUCAUGAUGUUUACAAGGUGGAGACCAUUGGAGAUGCCUACAUGGUUGCCUCAGGGCUUCCGAAACGGAAUGGAAACAAGCAUGCAGCUGAGAUAGCCAAUAUGUCCCUGGACAUCCUCAGCUCGGUGGGAACAUUCAAGAUGAGACACAUGCCAGACAUCCCCCUCAGGAUAAGAAUCGGCCUGCACACAGGGCCCUGUGUGGCAGGUGUGGUUGGCCUGACCAUGCCCCGCUACUGCCUCUUUGGAGACACAGUGAACACGGCAUCGCGGAUGGAGUCCACGGGUCUGCCUUACAGAAUUCAUGUCAGCCAAAGUACGGUGGAUACACUUCGGUCUCUAAACGAAGGCUAUGAAAUCGUUCCUAGGGGAAAAACAGAACUGAAGGGUAAAGGAGUAGAAGACACAUAUUGGCUGGUUGGGAAAAGAGGAUUUCUGAAGCCCUUACCUAAACCUCCUGAAAUAAAGCCAGGCCACAACUGGCCAGGCAUGUUGACCAGGAAACUUAAAUUUGUCCUAAGGAACACAAAGAGGACACUGACAAAAACAGCCUUUAAAGAAGUGGGGAGCAUAAAGGAGGCUGAGAUAAGUAUUGAAGAGGAAGAAAUCUGAGAACAACGAAGAACUAGUAAGACUGGGAUGGAUACUCUGAAGUCAACCCCAGCAGGGAAGCCCACACCCUACAUUUAGUUUCCUUCCACAUAAAGGAAGUAGAAUUGCUACAGCCUCAUAGCGUUGGCAGGUGGAUGAAUCCUGACCAUCAUUUUUGGUUGAAACUGGGCCCUGAUUCAUCGUGAUUUCACUUGUGCCAUUUUGGAAAGAGAGUAAUGGCGGUGGGUAGUACCACUUCUUCAUCAGUAUUCCAGUCAGUCAGAAAAUGUAGAACAGGCUAAACGCUUUGCAAUAAAUAGAUUUGUUGUUGCUGUAGGAAUCUCUGGUUUCACGAAGAUCAGUGCAAUUCACAAGGAAGUGUUUUUCACAACAACAAAAAAAGAUUUUUUACUCCCCCACAAAUGCAAAUUUUGAAUCAAAAUAUUUUGGUUGCUGUUAUGUCAAUUUAAGCUGGAACAGUUUCUUGUAAAUUGACAUUUCAGUGGCAAGUGCUGUUUUAAUGUUACCUUCAAACUGAAAUGACAGUUUUGAAACUAAACAGUUUGGUGUAAAUCAGUAUUUGUUUCCAAAUGCCAAAAUGUAAUUCUGAUCAAAAUGUCCAAAUAUGCCAUCUUUGCAAUUCCAGAUCUAAACUGAAAGACCUUUUUUUUUUUUUUCUUGCUUUACACACACACCUAUGUACUACAUCUAAAACAUUUCAUGCUCAUCAUCCCAAAGGAGGACGAAGAGAGAAUGUCAAGGUAUUGGAAAACUUGAGAGAUGCAGAGAUUGGAAAACUUGAGAUGCAGAGAAUGAUGUUCUGCUUUCCUUUAGCUGAGUGAUAACGAGACACGAAUUUUCUUAUCUUAAAAAGUGAGGCUGAGAGAAGGAAAAGUUCAUCAUUUAAUCAAUAAAAAAAGCCUGAAGCAUCACACUCUUUUUCCUCCCCAUUCUCUAAGUAGUUUCAAAGCCACCGUUGUUCAAAGUAAGCCAUCAGUGAGCAAAAGCAGCUUUUUGCCAAGGGCCAGCGCUUGGCCUGUAGGCACUGCCCACAGAGCACUCUUCAUCAGUGUCAAAUACUUUUGUUGUUGGCCACUUCUCUGUCCAUUUUUUUUUUUACUCUCUUUCUGUAUCUGACUUCUAACAAACUUCUGCGAAUUGUUAAUGUCUCUCCUGCCAGGCUGCAGAGAACUGUAGAUGGGGUAAUUUAAUCAAUAUUGCCACCAGAAGGUGCUCAUUUGAAAACACCAAGACCUUCCUCAAGCCCGAGUUAAACUCUUCUCAACAGAGGACCCAGGACUUCUACCAGUUAAACAGUUCCUACCAGUUUCUACCAAUUAAAUGAUAAAUAACAACCAACGACCCUCUUACAUUAUUGAAGUUAUAUUUAUAAAAGGAAGCAAGUCAGACACAAAAAGCUAACGAAGUUACUGUCAGAGCAGCUGAUUCACCAUAUUAAGUAUAACACGUGCACUGUCAAAGUCGUUCAUGUUAUAACUAUUAGUGAAAAUAGGAGGAAACUUUAUUCAUGCUCUUCAGAAUCCAGAUUUUACUCUGUGGCAUUGGUGUUUUUGGCACUAACUGUUGACUGUUUUGGAUGAAAGGUGAUAUUCCAGGUGGGAGAAGCUGGCAUUUGAAAGAUAGCUGUCAAAGGGCUGAUACGACACUUAAGUUGUCCAGCAGGGCUGAUGUGAGCUUUCACCUUCUGCACUCUACUUGCCCAUCCAGUCACAAAUUCAUAGAAUCAUAGAAUCAUAGAAUGGCCUGGGUUGAAAAGGACCACAAUGACCAUCAAGUUCCAACCUCCCUGCUACGUGCAGGGUCAUCAACCACCAGACCAGGCUGCCCAGAGCCACAUCCAGCCUGGUCUUGAAUGCCUCCAGGGAUGGGGUAUCCACAACCUCCUUGGGCAACCUGUCCCAGUGCAUCACCACCCUCUGAGUGAAAAUUCAUCCAGGAAUAGCAUGCUGUGGAAGAGAUGUAGGCCAAUACAUCCAGGGAAGGAUAUCAUCUGGGUAGCUCAGUGCAAAUUUGAGUUUAAAAUCAGCUUACGUGUAUUUUCCAUAAUUUUCCCAUAUUAAAAACAUUCAUCAGAGCUGUUCUGUUGCAUAGCUUUGUGGCUUACAACAACUUUCCUCUUGUCUAAAAAUGCUUCUCAGAUGUCACAGGCAGAAAUGCAUAUUUUCUAUGGGAGACUGAUGAUCUCCUCCACCUUUGCUUUUGACAUGGCAUUUCCUCUUAAGUAAGAGUUGGAUCAUUGGGUUUGCCUUGUGUAUGACUCUGUGUAUUCAAAUCUGGCCUCCAAAUGAAGAAAAACACCCACAGGAACAUGACCAAUUGGGUGGCAACCCUGCUCACAGGGGGUUGAAACUAGAUGAUCUUUGAGGUCCCUUCCAACCCAAGCCAUUCUCUGAAAGGAAAAUUAUCUAAGUAUAGCUCUGUGAGGUGCAGUCAGAGGCCCAAGAUAUCUGGCAGCUGCAGGAAUAUGAUGACUUCUCAUUGACCCAUUCAUACGACAGUGUAACAGUGAGCAGGCAGAAUAACCUUCUAUUUCUGAUAUAUGUUAAUUUAACGAUUCUAAAUGCACGAGGAAAAAAAAAACCAACAAUGCAGUAACAACUAUAAAACAACUCUUCAGUUGGCAGCGAUGUCUAUUUUCCACCUUCAAAUAUCUACAUAUAAGCAUGGAUGCAUAAGACGUGUUUCAGUCUUGGGUAUCCUGCUUUUGAUUUCAUACUUACACACUAAAAAUAAUCUUCUGAGUGUAUUUUUUAUUGCAAAAAGAGACGUUUUAAAGAAAAUAUUCCAUAGCUGUAAACUUUUUCCAGCUGAAGAGCAUUUGUGCAAGAAGAUUUCAAUCUGCCCUUCUGCACACAAUUUUUGAAUUCUUUCUUCAGCCUGUUGUCUUCAGAAAUAAACAGCAUUCUUUGAAUUUAUUAAAAAAAAUAAUGCAACAGUCAAUCUGUGGGAAAAGGGAGCAGAAAGGCAAAGUUCUGAUCACUGACGACUUGAGUAAUCCCAAGAUAAUUCUGAAUUUGCUUUGAAGCCAGCGGUGUUUUUUUAACUCUUAAUUCCAACAGGAAGAGGCCAUGGACUCAUCCCGAAGUGUGAUAACCUCUGCUGUUAGAAGGCUAUAAAACACAUUUAUAAUUUCCUGUCCAGACAGGUUUAGGUUUAUGCAUGAGAUUUCUUACUGUACUAAACGUAAGCAUUGUAUCACACUCUUUUCUUGUUAUUUUGCUCCUAAAAUAGUGUUUGGAUGUUACAAGAGGAAGACAUUUGCUGGAAGCAACAAAUGUGAGUUUUCUAGCUCUGCAGACAGCAUCUCAGGUGAUCGUGGACAGAUCUCUUGGUUGAUUUCUUGGACAGUGAGGCAUGCACUCAGGACACCACUAUCAACCAGUGACUGCAGGAAGGUUUACUGCUCAUUUUAGAGGAUAAAUUUUAACGUAGUCAUGCAAAUCUGACAUGCUGACAGCUGUAGGAGGUGCACUUAUGUCCAGUUCACACUGCCUCAAAAUAGUUUAUAUUUCCUAUAGGAUCUACCGUAUUUUUAACAGUGAAUUAAAUCCAAAUGGCAAUAAAGAUCUUUGGAGACCUGUUCCUGUGCAUGAAAGUCUUGCUCUUCUU